GUGAAACGAGACGUGCAGUUUUGGGUAUUUGCAUGUUUUUCAUUUAGAAAAUGGUCAUUUUAUCAGGUUUGAUGGCUGAGGAAAAUUGCCUAUGUGGAAAUGGUAACUAAUUUCAGGGUGACUGAUGGUAGCUUUCUGCAAGGUUCCAGGUUGUUCCCAUCCCUUCUGGUGCAUUCACCACAAGAGGGCAGUCUUCUUGCCCUAAGGUAGGUAGUGCUGCUGCUUCUUAGACACCGGGGAGUUUAUUACUAUUGGCAGUGAGCCGAGCAGAACGGUUUUUUGGUGUUCAAAUCAAGAAAAACAGCGCCUUCCUGUUUUGUGAAGGACUACUAAUAUUACAGGGCUGACUGGUUUCUUUAGGACUGACCAAACAGUUCAAGAAAAAUAGGAGCCUUUUCAAACACAGUCAGGUCUGCUGAAGCAAUAGUAAAGUCAUUGGUGGAGGGAAGAUGAGUGUGUCAGUUCUGGAAGCUAAGCUAUUUUGUAUCCCAGAGGAAUGAAUAUGCUGAUACUUGGUAGGCCUCCAACGCCUGCAACCCAGAAAAGGACGUGCCUAUUUAUUUUCCUUGUUGGAGUCGUCUUCUCGUUUCUGUGCAUUGCGUCCAACAGCCUAGAUUUAUAAUUCAAUCUGUGUCUAUUUGUUUCUUGACAGAAGAGGAUGAAAUAAUAGUGAGGCUCUGUUUUCUUUAUAGCUAGGAAUAGGUAGCUAUGGCUUACCAUCAGUGUAAACUGUACAGGGUUUUGUGACGUUUCAGAUGAAUGAUGCUAUUGCUGCAUGAAAGUAAAUCGCGGUGUCCUGGAGUGAGUCCCAGGUUAUUCUGCUGUUCUUGCAGCAGUUCAUUUCUGUAGCAGUGUACUUAGAGAAGUACAUCAGGCCAGAUUCUUCUUUUUUUGCUAUCACCGGGAGUCACUGUGGCAGAGACAGUGGAAGUGGUCAUGUUCAAAAUUGGUGCAGAUCUAGUGGAUGUUAGAACCUCUUUUGAGAGUUUUAGAGUUCAGAAUUGGGAAGCCUCAAUGGCUGCAUGCUUAUUCUAGUGGGGUGCAUCACAUACAGCAAAUCGCUGACCUACUCAGCUCCAGAUCAGCUGAUCAAAGGAAGGACCAUCUUUGAGCACAAGGUCAGUAUUUCAUCCCUCAAAUGAGACUGCAGUUAAAUAGCAGAUCCUUCUUUGCCUUACUCUAUUAUGUCCCACAGGGGUGAAUUUGACCUGUGAGUUAUCUCUGCAUAAAUCUGAUAAUUCCAUAGUUAAUUAGGUAACUGGAAAUGAGACAAAGUGAAUCUAACUGUUUUUCUUAACUUUUCUGCAUUCUAUUGCGUCUUCCAUCUUUUCUGAACUUUCUGAAGUACAAGGGACAAGCAGGUCGAAAGUGGGAAGAAAAUUAAAAGCGCUUGGCCUGGUGCCUGCCUUUACACUGUGUUGAUUAGGUUUUAAUUGGCAAUUCUUGUCUGUAAUAUAAGAUAAUUGCAGAGAUUUCUAGGAAUUGUUUGUAGAAUAGGAAGAAACAGACACAUCUGAGUUCUACUGGAGGAGUUUAAUUAAAGACUUUAUAAAGUGCAACAGAUGGUGCUUUGCUAGUUAAGACAACAGGCGUGAGGUCUCUUUGUAGACAUUCAGCCAUGAUGGUUAGAGCUUCUGCUCCCUGCUGGCUAGAGGUGCUCUGACAUAAUCUUCCAUUAGGGGACUUGAACAAUUCCAAAAUAACAUGCACUUUAUGUUCUGGUCCAAACUGUGAAGAUCGUUCUUCAGAAAGUGAAGUUAGGCAGCCAUAGAGUGAAAUUCCUUGUGUGUGUGGCAGGACUACCCUUCCCAACAGGAGCUUUGCUUUCACUGACCUCUGCAGUUGUCCUCAACUCCCUUCUGAAAGGCUUGCAGAAGUGAGAAGGCACAUCAGUAGGUGUGCAGUGUAUAGACACUCCAGUGGCAUGGAGGAAGAAAGAUCUAUUUGGUUUUCAGACAGCGGUGCUCCCCAAUAAGUCUCUGCGAGCCAACAACCAACCUUGGACUGGCUCCUGGAGUGGAACUAUGUCAGUGUGAAACUUGGAACACAGAAGAGCUUCCCCCCCGCCCCCCUCCUAGUGCCGGUAAUCAAACUAUUUCCAAAGCCCUCAUCGGUCUCUGGCUUCCAGGAAGUUAUAGGGAAAGUGGAACAAAGAGAGGGUAUUGUAACUUACAGAGAAAAAAGAUCUUGUCUUUGUAGUCUGUAUUGGAGCAGGUACUGAACCUUGUGUUUUUCAUGUUAUUUCUAAAAGCAUGAGAGUAUGUUGAAAAAGAAAAAUUCUGUUCUGAACUUGCACAUUCAUUAAAUGGUUUCACGAUACAAUCUGAUUGUUUACUAUUGCAGUAGAAUUAUGAUUUCUAUGGAGUGGAUCUAUGAUCCACACCUUAGCUAGUGGAUAGUGGAUGAUACAAGGGAGAAUCCUGUUUUAAGAAGAGUUCAUCUGGGUUUUUAAAUUCCAGGAAGAACCUAAAAUUGUAGAACAAAUAGCUGGCAACCAGGGAAUAUUUCACCUAGAUGUUAAAGAAAAAGAAGAAAUUUGUGACCGCGCGGGGUCCUUUUCAUGGGGUCGUCUUGUUGAGCAGCCAGACAGAUCUGCAAGAUGAUAAGUAUACUUUCAAACUCCCUGCCUAGCAGAUGCUUGAAAGUUCGGUGUUCAUUUCACUUCAGGCUGUAUUGGAAAGUGAUUACCUGGAAGGGAUUUGGUUACACUGGGCUUCAACAAAGGCAACACCAGAUGCUCAAGAAACAUUUUAAACAUAAAUUCUGAGCUUGCUUUUUUUUUUUUUUUUUUUUUUUUUUUUUUUUUUUUUUUAAGAACUGUUUACUAGCCCCUAUGGCUAGUGCUUGGAGUUGGCUGAUUUUGCUCUGUAGCCUUAGGAUUUGCCUGAGAGGGACCUCUUCCCUCUCACCAGAUUGCAGCAUAGACUGCCAGACCCACUGUCUUAUAGACUGCAGGCAGGGACAUUACUACACUGCUGGCAACUGCUUGGAAUGUCCGACGGGUUUCUAUUGCCCUGGGGGUCAAGCAGCCCCAAGGAAAUGCCCGCUGGGAACAGCCAAUGAACUUACUGCUCAAGCAGACAUCACAGCUUGCCAGGUUUGUCCCAAUGGCUAUCUCAGCCUAGAGAGUGGAGCUGGGUGCCGUGCGUGUCCAGAUGGCUAUUCAUGCGAUCCACGUAGUGGUGUGCAGAGGAGCUGUGGUCCUGGUCAGUAUUCGCUGGAGGGAGAGUUGGAGUGUCAGGAAUGUCCAGAGACAUAUGUCUGCCCAGAUGGACGGAGCAGACAGCGUUGUUUGGCCGGUGAGCAGCCAAAUCUAAGCCGUACUCAUUGUGUAACCUGCACUCCUGGUUCGUUCUCAACUGAAGACACUCUGCUAUGCCAGCCCUGCCCAGCAGGUCACUUCUGUUCCAAUGGCCUUGCAGUCCCUCCAUGCGCAGCAGGGAGUUUCAAGCCCAAAGAGGGACUUCGUACACCCAGCAGCAGCUCCUCAUGCUUGCCAGGAAUUGGAUUGUGUUUGAAGUGCCCUGCUGGGUAUUUCUGUCCUGCUGGAGCAAGUUAUCCAGUCCCAUGCCAGCCAGGUACAUACAAUCCUCUCCAAGGACAGGAUGAAGCUGCUGAUUGCAGAGCCUGCCCAGCAGGGAGAGCUUGUACUCAGGCUGGCUUAGCCCAGCCUGAUGCAGAGUGCUUACCAGGGUACGUGUGCCCAGCGGGGUCAUCCAGCCCUCAUUUUCCCAGCAACGCCUGUCCUCCAGGAACGUUUGGCAAUGACUUCAGCCUCUUUGAUAAGUCCCAGUGUGAAACGUGCCCCGCUGGAUUUGUCUGUGUGAGAGGAACAGGUGGGAAACAGAAGCCUCCCACUCCAUGCCCAGUUGGUCACUACUGCCCACCAGGCACAAAGCACCCAAUGCAGCACAAGUGUGCCCCAGGCACCUGGAGCAAUAGGACAAGCCUGACCUCAGAAGAGGAGUGCUUUCUGUGCCCCGCAGGCUGGUUUUGUGUGGGAGGAGCCCCUAUCCCUACUGGGAUGUGCAGCUCAGGGCACUACUGCCCUCGAGGUACGUGGAGGGGCACACAGUACCCCUGCCCUGCAGGAACUUACAGUACCAGGCUGGGAAAUGGCAGAGUGGAAGAUUGCGCUGCCUGCCCCGCAGGAGCUUUCUGCACCAGUGGGACCUCUAAGCCAGUUCUAUGCCCAGUAGGAACUUAUCGCAUGGAACGUGGCGCAAAAGUGGCUGCAGACUGCAUCCCUUGUCCUGGAGGGUAUUACUGCCCUGAGCUUGGCACUGUUACUCCUCAAACAUGUGGUGCUGGCAACUUUUCAGACCGAGGUUCAGCCUCCUGCUUGCCGUGUCUUGUUGGACAUUAUUGUGCUAGUGAGCACACUAGCCGGGAAGUGAUGCUCCUUGCUAUGAUUUGCCCAGCGGGUCUCCUGUGCCCAGAAGGACAGGCAGUUGUUCCUGAUGCCAGUGCAAAUGCCUGCCCAAGAGGAUACUACUGUCCCCAGGGAGAUACGGGCUUGCAUGCUAAGCCUUGCCCCAGCGGGACCUAUGGUGAGCAGAAGGGUCUAAGCAGUGCUGAUGAAUGCUUACUGUGCCCUGCAGGGAAGUACUGCUACAGAGAUGGGAUUGAGCCUCUAGGAAUUCCCCACCCUACGGGGGAUUGCCCACCCGGCUACAACUGUCCUCCAGGGACUGGAUUCCCUUUCUCCUUCCCCUGUAUGCCAGGCUUCUUCUGGGAUAAUUCCAGUGUAGAGGGUGAAGAUGCUUGCAAACCAUGUCCACCUGGGUACUACUGUGACUUUCCUGCCAUGUUGGAGCCCAAACCUUGCCCAGCAGGCUCUUACUGUGUCGAAGGCAGCUCUAAACCUGAACCCUGCCCAGAGGGGACAUACAGUAACAAGAAGGGGCUGUCUGGACCCUCGGAGUGCAGCCCCUGCGGCCAUGGUUUCUACUGUGCUGCUCCAGGACAGACUGGGCCAAGUGGUCCCUGUAAGGCUGGAUUCUACUGCCAGGGCAGGGCCCUGACUCCAUUGCCCACAGAUGGCGUGACAGGAAACGUGUGCCCUGCUGGGGCAUACUGCCCACCCGGCUCUCCCUCACCUAUCCCCUGUCCUCCAGGAACUUACAGUAACGUGAGUGGGUUGAGAAGCCUCCAUGAGUGCUUGGACUGCCCACCUGGCCUGUAUUGUGAUGGGACAAGUAACCAAGCUCCCUCGGGACCAUGUGAACCUGGCUACUUCUGUACAGGAGGUGCCAAAAGCGCUCUUCAGCAAGUGGUGAUGGAGGGGCAUUAUUCCUUAACAGGAGCUUUCAAGCCAGAGCCAUGUCCUCUUGGCAGCUUCCAGCCUGGCCGUGGUCAGUCUCUUUGUAGGGACUGUCCAGAGGGUACAUUCUGCAAUGAGACGGGCCUGGCUGCACCCCAGGAUUGUCCUAAAGGGCAUUUUUGCUUUCCUGGAAGUUCCUUGCCUCUUCCAUGUCCAGUGGGAACUUACACAGAUGUAGUCAGGGCAGGUUCAUGCAAGCCCUGCCCAGCAGGCAUGUACUGCAGCGUGGCUGGUCUGACUGAGCCAGAAGGAUAUUGCCAGCCAGGAUAUUACUGCAUUCAAGGUUCCAGCACCUCCUCACCUAUGGGGCUUCCAUUUGGAGAUCUUUGCCCACAAGGACAUUAUUGCCCUGCUGGCACGACGCACCCAAAAGAGAUGCCGUGCCCUGCUGGGACCUGGAACGGACAGAGAGGAGCCCAGGAUGCCACUUGGUGUCUGCCGUGUGCCCCUGGGUUUUUCUGCAAUACGUCUGGCCAAGAUGCUCCUGCAGGACUUUGUGCACAAGGCUAUUACUGCACAGGAAGAACAAAGACUGCAAAGCCGGAGGAUGGUAUCACUGGAGAUCUCUGUCCUCGAGGACAUUUCUGCCCUGCAGGCUCAGCAGCACCUUCUCCCUGCCCCAGUGGAGAAUACAGUAAUGCAACAGGUCAAGACAAAUGCUUUCCUUGUCCUGCUGGGUUUCACUGUUCAAAAGGACUGAGGCGUCGCUGUCCUCCUGGCUUUUAUUGCCCUCAGAAAACUGGAAUCAGUUUUUAUCCGUGUCCCCCUGGGACUUACAACCCCUCCUAUGGACUCAGCCGGGCAGAGAGGUGUCAGCAGUGCCCUGCAGGAAUGUUCUGUGGAGAAUGGGGAUUAUCGUCUCCAAGUGGUCCCUGCUGGCCAGGAUUCUUCUGCACAGCAGGAGCAAGUGUCCCAAACCCUAAUGGAGCCACAAACAUGAGCACUGGUGGCCCAUGCCCACCUGGACGCUUCUGCCCAGCUGGCACAAGUAUCCCACAGCAAUGCCCUGUGGGCACCUACUCAGACAGGCUCUACAACUGGCAGGACUCCAGCUGCACGGUGUGUCCAUCUGGCUAUUACUGCAGCUCUGCUGGUCUCACGGCACCCUCGGGACCCUGCUCAGCUGGGUACUACUGCCUCUCUGGAGCUUCCUCGCCAUCACCACCUGGUAUGUGGGAGAAAGGAGGCCCUUGCCCUGUGAGCCACUUCUGCCCAGAAGGAACGAGCUUUCCCUUACCCUGCCUUGCAGGCACUUACAACAACCUCACCAGACAAGCUGCGUGCUUCCCUUGUGCUGCAGGCUACUACUGCCCGGAAAAUACCACCAGCUACAGUAUGAAUCCUUGCCCAGCUGGCUUCUACUGCCCCAAAGGAACCAGGUUUGCUACUGAGUUUCCCUGUCCCCGGGGCUACUAUAACCCUGAUCCCAUGACACAGAGCUUGGAUAGCUGCUUGCCCUGUCCACCUGGGCACUACUGUGGGAAGGAGAACUUGACAGCUGCCUCAGGCAAGUGUGAUGCCGGUUGGUUUUGCAUCUCAGCUGCUUGGACCUCACAGCCUUUUGAUCUGGACAACUACACCAAUGCCAACUGCCUCUGUCCAGCCACUGCCACUGGAGGGAAGUGCGUAGCUGGUUUCUAUUGCCCCAAAGGAAGCCCAGAGCCUCUUCCUUGCCCUCCAGGUUUUUACUGCAAUGCCUCAGGUCUGUCUGUCCCCAGUGGGGAGUGUACUGCUGGGUUUUACUGCAAAGGCGGAGCAGCUCUCCCUAAACCAACAGAUGGCGUGACUGGGAAUAUCUGCCCUGUGGGGACUUACUGCACUGUAGCAUCAGCAGAACCCAAGCUCUGCCCAGCUGGCACCUUUUCCAGCCUUCUAGGGAGGACAACACUUACUGAGUGCCAGCCUUGCCCCUCUGGCUUCUAUUGCGAGGUACCUGGCCUCAGUGCGCCAACUGGGGAGUGCUGGGAAGGCUAUUACUGUGACAACCAGCAAGGGCCAGUUAUUGAUUUUACCCUCUACCCAUGCCCGCAAGGGUUUUACUGCCCACCAGGGACAAACAGGAGCACUCAGUACAGCUGCCCUGCAGGAACCUUUGGACCAAGGCAAAAACUGAAAACUAUGAAGGAAUGUCAAAGAUGCCCACCAGGAAAAUACUGUGAAUUCUCUGGACUUGUUGCCCCAACAGGAGAUUGUGCUGAGGGAUUUUGGUGCAAAAGUGGUGCCCGAGUAAGAAACCCCCAAGAUGGAGAAUCAGGACUGCCUUGUCCUCCUGGUCAUUAUUGUCCUGAAGGUGCAGCACUUCCAUUACAGUGCCCUCCUGGCACAUGGACUGGCAGUGAAGGCAGUAGGAGUUUGCAGGAGUGCUGGCCUUGCCCUGGGGGAUAUUACUGCAAUAGCUCUGGGCAAAGGGCCCCCUCAGGACACUGCAGCCCAGGGUACUACUGCGUCACUGGGGCCCAGACCCCAACACCCACUGACGGCCUCUCAGGAGCUCCAUGUCCAGUCCAUCAUUUUUGUCCUCUUGGAUCCAGGAGUCCAGUGCCAUGCCCCCCUGGCUCCUACAUGCCGUACAUCCGUGGAGAGAAGUGCCAUGCUUGCCCAGAGGGUGAAUACUGUGUCUCUGGUGAGAAGCCACAGCCGUGUCCCCAGGGGUAUUUCUGUCCCAAGGGCACAGCUCUUCCAAUUACUUGUCCAGCAGGGUCCUAUAACCCGUCACAGAGGCAAGCCAGCUGCCUCCCCUGUCCUAAAGGGUUCUUCUGCCCCCAAAAUUCCUCUUCCUUUUUGGAGAAUAACUGUUCAGCUGGCCAUUACUGCCCUACUGGUACUGCUUCUGCAACUCAGUUCCCAUGUCCUAAGGGGACUUACAACCCACAGACUGGAAGCAGCCUGAUGUCUCACUGCACCCCCUGUGACCCAGGGCAUUACUGUGCAUUUGCGGGGCAGUCACAUGUUACAGGACCCUGUUUGGCUGGGUUCUACUGCAGCGGGGGUGUUUCUAGUCCAACACCUACAGAUGGUCUUCUGGGGAACGCAUGCCCGAAGGGAACUUACUGUCCUACGGGCUCUGCCUUUCCACAGCUAUGUCCUCCUGGUUAUUAUAGCAACUCAACUGGGAAUACUGGGAUCGAGGACUGUCUCCUUUGUGAUGCAGGGUAUUUCUGCAAUGGGACUGGACUUGUGUCUCCAACUGGAUUAUGUGAGGCUGGAUUCUACUGUAGUGGAGGAACCAUUUCUCCUAAACUUCCCACGACAACAGUCAGUGGCGGACCAUGUCCACCUGGACAUUACUGCGUGGUGGGGAGCAGCAGAGCCCAGCCGUGCCCUGCAGGGAGUUAUAGCCCAUCUUGGAGUAUGGCACAGUGCUUGGAGUGCCCAGAAGGCUUUUACUGCACAGCUGCUUCCACAAACUACACAGAUUGCCCUGCAGGUCACUAUUGCCCCAGGAAUACAGAAUUUGCCACACAGUAUCCUUGUCCCCCUGGAACCUACAGUGAAGCUUUAAAUAUCUGGGAUGCUUCCAAGUGCCAACUAUGUCCUCCUGGAAGGGUCUGUUCCAAGCCAGGCCUAGCAAGACCAGAUGGACUAUGCAUGCCCGGAUGGUUUUGUCCACCUGGAUCCACGUCAAGCAAACCAGUGUUUCCUGGAAAUCACUCUGCAGGCAUGGCAGCUCCAGCUUCUGGAUCUGUUGGAUUGUGCCAAGCAGGAACCUUUUGUCCUGCUGGUUCAUUUCUUCCUCUUCCCUGCACUCCAGGUUUGUACUGUGCAACUGCAGAGCUCGCAGUUCCAUCAGGUCCCUGUGAGGCUGGCUUCUACUGCACGGGGGGCUCGACGCUCCCAAACCCCAUGGAUGGAGCAGUGGGGAACAUUUGCCCUCGAGGCCACUUUUGUCCUGCAGGGAGUUCUUCUCCAUCUCCAUGUCCCCCAGGCUCCUUUUUGGCUCAUCGUGGUGGCCAGUCACCACAGGAUUGCCAGGCCUGCUUCCCAGGGUGGUUCUGUUCUCAGCACGGCCAGAGCUCCCCGGAGGGCUUGUGUAAAGGAGGAUGGUUUUGCCCAGAGGGCUCUGUGUCAGCCCAGCAUUCAGACCAUUUGUGUCCUGUGGGUCACUAUUGCCCCGCUGGCAGCCCAGAACCCAUACCCUGUCCCUCUGGAAAAUAUCAAGAUCAGGCUGGUAAAAGCCAGUGUGAAAUAUGCCCAGCAGGAAUGUUCUGUGCCCCAAAAGGCCACCGAGGUGAUCUCCAGGAAAACUUCUCACGUGGCGUGGUCAAACCAAUAGAAUGUCCAGCAGGGUAUUACUGCCUGUCGGGAACAAAAGCUGCCAAUCAGUACCCGUGCCCAGAGGGCACCUACAGUAACCAAACUGGACUGGGAAAUCCCAGGGAGUGCAAGCCUUGUCCUGGAGGCAAAUUUUGUGCCAGUGCAGGACUCUCGUCCCCAAGCGGUCCCUGUUUGCCUGGGUAUUACUGCACUUCAAAGGCACGUAUACCCAAUCCUGUUAACGAUGAGGCAGGCAACCUUUGCCCGGCAGGCCGUUACUGCCCACCAGGUAGCGGCAAGCCAGAGCUAUGUCCCACUGGCACGUUUUUACCGCAGUCUGGGAUGGUUUACCGUAAUGCCUGUUUGCCCUGCCCUGGGGGGAAGUUCUGCCAAGGAGAAGGCCUGGCCAGUGUUUCUGGAACAUGUUACGCUGGGUAUUUUUGUGGUCUUGGAUCCACACAGCCAGAUCAUAAUCGCUGCCCCCCUGGCUUCUACUGUCCUGAAGGCUCUGAAUCCCCAAUCCCAUGCAGCCCUGGAAGCUUCAACUCUGACAGUGGGAAAUGGCAGUCAACAGACUGUCAGCUCUGCCCAGCCGGGUACUUCUGCAAUGGUUCACAUACUCCUGAGCUGUGCCCUGCUGGGUACUUCUGUCUGCCAGGUACCAACUUCAGUACAGAGCAUCCAUGUCCAAAGGGUACCUUUGGCCCCAGGACUGGCACCACUAGUGAGUCUGACUGUGAGCCGUGCCCAGCAGGCAUGUAUUGUUCAGCACCAGGUCUAUCACAGCCUUCUGGAUUUUGCAGUUCAGGUUAUCAUUGUGCCAAGGGAGCCAUCAGCCCAGCCCCCUUCAAACACAGGGUGGAAUCUUCUAGCCUUGGUCUGCCUGGUAAUGACAUCUGUCCUGUAGGGCAUUUCUGCCCCAGCGGUACAGGGUAUCCCAUGCCCUGUCCUCCUGGAUCCUUCUCUGCCAUUGUGGGCCUGGAGGCAGAGGAACAGUGCCAGCCCUGCCCAGCCGGACGGUAUUGCAGUGGGGCAGGAUUGUCUGAUCUGGCCCAGACAUCGCUGUGUAACGCAGGCUAUGUUUGCCUGGGAGGAAACUCUGCUCCCUGCCCUUCUGAUGGGAUUCAUGGAUACAGAUGUCCCAGAGGCUUCUACUGUCCUGCAGGCACUGGGCUAGAACUGCCCUGUGAGCCUGGCACAUUCAGCCCUGUGCCUGGGGCAAGUGUCUGCCUCCCUUGCCCGGCUGGUACGGCCUGCAGCAAUGCUGCCACUGUCGAGCCACUCGCCUGCCCCAGAGGUUACUAUUGUCCAAUUCGGACGGCUGCCCCCCUGCCAUGCCCCGAGGGGACACUGAACACCUUGGAGGGGGCAUUUGCCCCCACUGCCUGCAGGCUGUGCCCAGUGGGGAGGUACUGCAGAGGAGAUGCUAACUGGGAACCUGAUGGUCUGUGUUCAGCUGGGUACUACUGUGAAGGAGGAGCCACUGAUGCCAUUCCACGUGGGACACCUGCGUUCCCGCUGAGUGGGCCCUGCCCACUUGGGCACUAUUGUCCAGAGGGUACUCAUUUCCCAAUUGCCUGCCCAGUGGGGACCCUGAACAAUGCCACAGGUGGUACCUCCCCAGAGAGCUGUGUGCCAUGCUAUCCUGGGUCUUUCUGUGCUAGCGUUGGUUUGAGUUCUCCAACAGGACCUUGUACUGAGGGGUUUUACUGCCCAGCAAACUUCAGCUCCGUCAGCCCCACAGCAUUCCUCUGCCCUAAGGGUCACUUCUGCCAGUCAGGGACAGCCCACCCAACACCAUGCCCUGCUGGGGAAUACCAGCCGGCCAGGGGCUCUGCAUCCUGCAUUCCAUGCCAGAGAGGAUUCUACUGCCAGGAGCUGGUGGCAGGAGACCCCAGGCGCUGCCCACCACAUUGUUACUGUCCUACAGGCACACGGGUUCCUCUCACAUGUCCUGAAGGCACCUUCACUCCUGCAAAUAUGACUGGCCUCUGGAAUGAGAAGGAAUGCCUGCCUUGCUUACCUGGUCACUACUGCAGGCACGGACGGCUGGAGGGAAGGUGUGCUGCUGGAUACUUCUGCCUUGCUGGGAGCUCUCAAUCUACUCCACAGGGCCACAGCUUUUCCUGGCGCAUCCUGUCUGGGUGCCGCUGGGGUCAGGUGUGUGCAGGGCUGUGUCCUGCAGGUUUCUACUGCCUGGAGGGAUCUGAGGUACCUAUACCAUGUCCUGCCAAUACUAUUAGAGACGUUCCAGGGGCUGCAAAGAGAGAAGACUGCCUGCCCUGUCCACCAGGCCACUGGUGCAAAGCAGGGGAUUCAGAGGCCUACCUGUGUCCAUCAGGACACUAUUGCUUCAGAGGCAACGGCAGUGACCACAGCAGUCUCCUGGCACCUCAGAAAUGCCCUCCGCAAACUUACCGUAAGCACCCAGGAGCUCAGAGCCUGACGGAUUGCCAACCAUGUCCUCCAGGCUAUCACUGCCCUUUAUCAGGUCUGACCAGGUUUGAGGAUUAUCCGUGCCCGCCUGGAUACUGGUGCCCUGGUAAAGGGGAUGCUUUCCUUUGUCCAGCUGGCACUUCCAGGAUCCAGCCUGGUGCAAAAUCAUUGGAAGAGUGUGAUCCCUGCUCACCUGGAUACUAUUGCCCGGAUCCAGCACAGACAGGGCUGCCUAACACCCAAGGAGUACCUUGUAAACCUGGCUAUGAAUGCCCAGCAGGUUCAGUAAAUCCGAAGCCUUGCAGGCCUGGCCUAUACUGUGGUGCUCGCACAGCUGUGCCUUCCAUGUGCCCUGCUGGGUAUUACUGUCCCGAAGGAUCGUCGACAUACAAUAGCCCUGAGCAGCUGUGUGUGUUUCCCUACUACUGUCCCCCAGGCAGUGCUCAUCCACUGGCUUGUGAAGGAGGGUACAUGGCCCUCAGCUUGCCUGGUCUAAGGGAUUCAUUUGAGAAAUUCUGCAGAAUCUGUGAUGGAGGCACCUAUCGUAGUGACUCUCUCAUCACGGCACCCUGUCAGCCCUGCCCAGCAGGCUUCAUCUGCCCACAAGGCAGUGAGAGUUACCACAAGAAGCCAUGCCCCAGUGGCUAUUACUGCCCUCCCCUGGCAUCUGCCCCUCUGCCCUGUCCCCCGGGGACCUAUGGGAGCAGCAACUUUGCAAAGCGUAUAGAGGAUUGCCAGGCCUGCCCUGCCAACACCUUCAAUCACCUUCCUGCUCAGGCUGCCUGUUUCCCCUGUGGCAGCUCUUCUUCCUCUCAGCCUGGUGCUGCCAGCUGUACCUGCCAUGGGUUGAACCGGGCUUUCCAGCAGUCGGAUGGCUCCUGUAUCUGCCAGGCAGGUUACAUUUACUACGAUGAGAGAGGCAAGAAAGACCCUGACAGCAACAGCAAUCAGGACUGCCGACCUCAGGUGGAUGAGCUCUGUGCUCCUGGAGAGGUCCGUCUAGCAUCUACGCGCCAGUGUGUUUUUCCUGAGCAAUAUGACUGCUCUCCUUCUUGUGGUCCUGCAGGUGGAGAGAUUAAUGCAGAGCUGGGCAUAUGUCACUGCAAGCAGUACGUCUCUUCUGAGGAGCUCUGUGACCUACUGUGUUUGCAGAGAGCCCCACGGAUCUCCUUGGGAUUUGGUACCAAUAGAGAGCUGCUUCUGAGGAUAAAGGAAGGAGAAGUGAGGGAAGUGGCAAACGUUCUUGGCCCAGAUGAACAUGUGCAGAAAAGCCAGCGAGUGCAUUUGGUUCUGUUUAGUCCCAGUGGAGUGCUAGGUUUCAUUGUCUCCAGCACAGAUGUUCUGGAUGCAUUUCUCACGGGAGAUUUUUCAUCACAUCAGUUGCUGCAGAAAGGUUAUCGAGUCCAGAGGACUUCCUCCGAAGAUAUCCAUGCCUUGCCCCUUGUUCCUAACCCAGUAGUAUGUUUGGAAGCAGGAGACAUGAUCCUUUUCCAGCUUAGCAUCAAUUCCCAUAAUCGUGCAUCCAGCUAUUACCCUGUUUAUCAGAAGCAGCAUCUAUAUAACAGCAACCCAAGCGGGGAUUUUGGACCCUUCCGAAGGCUAGACCACCUCGUCCAGGAGACUCACCUCAACAUCUCCUGGUUUGCCCAUGUUUUCCUGGAGUCUGGGACAUAUGUUUUCAGGGAUAGGACCAUUCAGGAACACUUCCUGAUUGUGACUGUGAAUGAAGCAAAUGGGGGCUGUGACCCCAGAGAUGUAUCCUUCCAGCCCUCUUCUCUGUUCCAGCUGGCCAGACAUGGCGUUUUGAAGCAACGGGAUCUGAACUUGGCUCCUAACUGGGCUGCUAUCACAGUGGUCCUUUUUGUUCUGGGCUUCCUGAUUGUGGUGCUGACAACCCUGGCUGUAGUGCUCCAGCCUGCUGUCCCUAUCAUUAGCCCCCUGAAGAGCUGGAAGCCACGAUGGAGGAGCCUGGGCGAGCCGCACAUCCCACCAGAGUACGUCCUCCUUAAAGACAGCCUUCAGUUCUAUCGGACGGUUGGUCCUCAUGCUUCUGGAGAAGAUGCUGGCUUCACAGAGAAAGGAGCUGUGCAUAAUCCAGAAGAGCGUUUUGCACUGAGGGUUCUGGAGGAUUUCAGUGUUCGCACCCUGUACGAUAAGCUGGAAGAUCAGAAUUUGCACCUGGCAUCUCAGCUGGCAAAGCACAGGAUGGAUGUGUUGGUGUUUUACAACAGAAUCAGCCAGCAGAUUCAAAGUCUCAUGGACGUGGUGCAAGCACUGGACUCUGAAGGCCUGAAAAUCUUUGCCAGCCAAAGGAUUUGCGGGCAUAAGCCUGCAGACAGCAGCCGGGCAGCAGUGGGCGUUGAACAAUGUGAUGAAUGCUGUAGCAACAACUUCCAAGCAGGUUCAUUAGGUGCUCCGUGGCGAGAGGCAACACAGUUAAUGAAAGCUCUGGAAAUGCUGCUUGGGAAUGCUCUGUACAAGAAUGUAGCUGUGAAACGAGAGAUGGAGCAGAAGGUCCAAGGACAGAAUGUGGUGACAGUUGUACCCUCACUGGACAGCCUAGCCAGUGGAAGUAAAUCAGAAGUAGUCAAAGGGCAGGAUCAUGAGCUGCCACAGCAAUAUGAGCUCUUCAGUAGGAAAGAUGCUUUCUUCAGCUUCCCUGGACAUGAAGAACGUGAUCUCCAGUUGGCUUACCUGACUGAGUUGGAGGUGGAGGCCCUGAUAGCAGCUUCCCCCCUUGCCAAGACUCUAUGUGAGAUCAAGCAAGCUUUGGUGAAUCUGCAGCAACCUUCAGACCUUGUUAAUACAGACAGCAAACAUCAAACAGGCGUGGGGAGCUCAGCCCUCUUCUGAGCUGCUGGAUUCUUGGGCCACAAAGAAGGAUGAAGCUCUGCUGCUGGAAAUAAAGAGGAGCUGCAUUGCUCAGAGGACUGAAGAGACAGAAGCAGAAGUAUUUCACCUUCUGCAAAGUAAAAUAGCCACCAGCUCAUUUCCUUGAGGAACGUAGCUUAUCCUUGGCAAUGGCUAAAUGUGGAUUAUGGGAGGAGGGUGUGUGCGUCUGCGGACAGAGCUGCGCUACCUGAAGUAUCAGAAUAGCUAAGUAUUUAGUUAGAGAUGUACUUGGUUGAAUAUGUAAUGGAUAAUGCAUAUUCUGUUUGCUUAACCUGGUUGAAAUACUUUCACACUUGCCUUGGAUUAUCAAUAAUUUGUAGGCUUGAGAAGGAAGCUGAGGUUCUUGACAUGGUUUAAUAGCCUUAUAGUUUUCAUUGUUAAGUCAGUAAAGCAGAAAACAUGUGAGGCCACAGGUGUCAUAAGAGCCCCUACUUAUCAACGCAUUUUGUAUAGCCUUUGUGAUCUUGGAUACAAAGGAUAUUUGUUAGGGUUUUUCAAGUAUAGUUUAGAGCCAUACUUCUAAGCCUUGCCCAGCAUCUCUACGUUGCCUGUGCAUGUUUUCAAUAUACUCAUGUUGAUCUCUGUAAGGUCUGCUGGUAGAAACCUUGAAGGUCUCUAGAGAUGUGAUUUUUUUUUUUUUUUUUUGAGCAAAGAGUACACUUAAACUAUUCCCUGUAGUGGUGACUGCAGGGAUCAAUAUAGCAGCCGGUGACCAGUGCUCUGGGAGCCUGGUGUUGAAACUGAAAAUAUCCUUCGUACCAUUCUUACUCUUUUGGCCUGUCUGUAUGAUGCCAAGAGAGCCUGGCUGUGAAGUGGCCUUUGCUUCUGUGGAACAGGAGCAGAAUCAGAACACUUGCUCCAUCUCCUUCUGCGCAAUAUUCCUUAGUUCUAGGUGAAGUACAGCAAUGUAAAGUCUCUUGACUGUGAGCCAGCACAGUUCGUUGGCAACCUCCACAGGUAGGCUUCAGCCAAGUGUUUCCAACAGCAAAGCCUGUUCUCUUCUCACUGCAAUAUUGACUCAAUUGCUUAUGUGUGAAGAGGUCUGUGAACCCACUCCUUCCUGGUUCCUAGAUGCAAAUCUGUGUUUACUUCUCCUGCCUUUGCAUAACCUUAGUGGGUAUUAAGAGAGUGAGACUUCAGUGCCCAGGAGCCAAGACAGAAGCUCUCGGUUUUGCUUCCAGUAACUGGUGUCUCUGGUGGAUCCAGAGGAACUGCAAGGUCUUUUGCCUUCAUCUACUCAUUUUGGUGGUUCCCCAUUUUCUGAGCUUGCUCCCAAAACCAAAACACUUGUUUUGGUUCCUUUGCAACUUGGUCUUGGGAGAAUUUAGGUACUUGCUGACACUCUGAAGGGACUUCGGGAAAAUGGGACGAUGUUAGGAAGCAAAACAUACCUACAGGCAAACACUACAAAACACCUGUAGGUCACUUUCUGUGAUUGCCUGUUCUAGAAUAUAGUAGUGAAAAAACUGUCAUUGCUCUCCAUGUUGCUUUCUUUUUCAGGUUAUCAGCAG